UGUCAUUUUGGCCAAGUUUUGGCGCUGAAACAGAAAGAGACGAUCACGUGCAAUCUCCACGUUCGAUCACGAUAGCUUCAACAACUUCACGGCUAGUCUAAGUAGUUUCUACAGUGCAUACUGCAAUUCCGCCCUGAAGAUCAUAAGCGCGGAAUCCAAACCACCGUAGAUCACCAUUUGUGAGUGAAUCUGAUCGGCGCCUGGGGUUGCGGGGAACAUCGUGUGGAGGUAAACAAGCCUCAACGGGUCGAUCCUUACCAUGAGGGGCCACCUACGGAUCCGUUUAUCUAUUGCACGAACCGAUGACUUCGGGGCUUUCAGAGCCGGCAGGAUGGCGUGGCAGCUUCGGGAUUCUGUCAGCAACAUAAAAAGCGAGCUGCUGGCAUCAUGACGGGCCAGAUUCUUGGUAGAGGUAGACAUCUCAUGAAGUAUACAACAAAGGGCAGCUCACAAAGGUGACUUGAGAGCUUUGCGCACCGACCUCGAAUCAACCUAUCGACAUCUCAUCUUACAUAACCCCUAACCUUAGUGUGUCUUUUCAAGUUGCUCUUAUGUAUUGUCGUUGAGGUCUACAUCAAAAUGAGAUUUACGUUGGCUAGCAGUCUGUUGGUGGCUGUACAGGCACAGCAAGUGUUCAUCACUACCACAGGACACACCUGUACGCCAUCGGCCGUCUCGCCCUCAUACUACUUUCAACCCUUCUCUUUUACCCUGAAUGAUACUGUUCGGUAUCCGACUCCAGUACCGACCCCAACAACAACUCAUCAAACAUACGCACCUGGAUACUCUGAAGCGGUGAAGUGCCUUGCAACGCCACCAGCGACCACGACAUGGGGCAAUUACCUACCUGGGAAUAUUGCGAUUAAUGCUACAGACAAAAAUGACCCCUAUGGACAGGCCGCUUGGUCUUCCCUCUGGCAAAAUGUCAAGUUGGAGAACUACACAACAAUUGGACUUUAUUCCACGACAGUCAGCCCCACGCCCAUUCCCAGUAGCGAACUUGUUCUGCCGCCAAGUGACUAUUUUGGACCGACAGAUUGCAGCAAGUUCUUCCCCAAAGACUUUGUGUUCGGCGUCGCCGGAAGUGCUGCCCAGAUAGAGGGCGCAGUAGCCCUUGAAGGACGCGGCCCUACUGUAAUGGAGAAGUUAGUUGGGCCUUCUCAGCCCAAAGACUACGUGACGGCUGAGAACUACUUCUUAUACAAGCAAGAUAUUCGGCGCCUGGCUGCCAUGGGUGUCAAAUACUAUAGUUUCUCGAUUCCCUGGGCACGCAUAUUACCUUUCACAUUACCUGGUACGCCUGUUAAUCAGCAAGCCGUUGAUCAUUAUGACGAUCUGAUCAAUGAGGUCCUCGAUGCCGGCAUGCUGCCAAUAGUGACGCUGUUUCACUUCGACAGUCCAUGGACAUUUGUGUCAAGCGACAACUUCACUGCCACGCCAGACUUCGGUUCCAAGAACGGAGGCUAUCAGAACGAGACCUUUGUAGACGCCUUCGUCAACUACGCCAAAAUCGUCCUCACACACUACUCUGACCGUGUGCCGAUUUGGGUUACCUUCAAUGAGCCAUGGCUCUACUCGUUCAAUUUUGCCGGGGCGGACCAUGUCGUACAUGCCCACGCCCAAGUGUAUCACUUCUACAAAGAUACUUUAGGAGCCACAGGGAAGAUGGGCAUCAAGUUUAACGAUAACUUCGGUGUUCCUCGCGAUCCUAAGAACGCUAGCGAUGUAGAAGCCGCCAACCGGUUUCAGGAAAUCUACCUGGGUCUUUUCGCUGAUCCUAUCUUCCUUGGAAAGCAGUACCCAGAUUCUGUCUUGAAUACUCUCCCUGGUGCCAAGCCUCUCAGUGACGAGGAGCUGCGCUAUAUUGGUAACACAUCCGACUUCUUUGGCAUUGAUCCUUACACUGCAACGGUCGUGUCGCAGCCGGCUGGGGGGAUAGACGCUUGCGCAAGCAAUUCCUCGGCACCUUUGUGGCCCGUCUGCGCCGUGGAAGAGACGAGAAACGUAUACGGCUGGAGCAUCGGUUAUCGUUCGCAGAGUUACGUAUAUAUCACACCGACAUAUCUACGGGAGUAUCUCAGCUACCUUUGGAAUACCUUCCGAAAACCAGUGUUGAUAGGCGAAUUCGGAUUCCCGGUAUUCAAUGAAGCGGAAAAGGAGCUCCCGGAUCAGUUGUUCGACAGCCCACGUAGCACCUACUACCUUGCCUUCAUGUCAGAAAUCCUCAAUUCCAUUCAUGAAGACGGCGUUCAUGUAAUGGGGGCUCUCGCGUGGUCAUGGCUUGAUAAUUGGGAAUUUGGGGAUGCUGCAUCUCAAUUUGGAAUGCAGGUAUUGAACUCAACGACGCAGCAGAGGUUUUUCAAGAAAAGCUUUUUCGACCUGGUCGACUUUGUAGGUGCUCGGCUACCAUCUUCGUAGUGGCACAUGUAAUGUGGUGCAAAUAUAGACUAAAUGAUAGAGAGUUAUUUAAUUGACUAUGUGACUUA